UGUAGCCCCAUAAAUCGGGAGUGGAUUGGACCGAUUUAUGGGGCUAGGUUCUUUGUUAUGGUUCCGAUGUCCUCCAUGUUCGAUCGACCUCGUUCCCCUUCUCCGUGUUCAGUUUAAUAUAGUAUUCUGUCGAUGACGAUACUUACAUCAAAAUACAAGGACUUUUGUCGUUUUGUUGGUUGAGGCUUGACGCCUUGCUUGCUUGAGCAUGUUCAUGAUGUUGGAACUCAACCUCAACAUCUGAGAUCGCCGUUCGGUAAAAAGCGCAUGCAUUUAUGAUUUGUUGUCAAUGUGACCAUGCCCAUGGAGUUUGUGCUGCUACAUCGUUGAAGUUCCUACAAGUUUACAUGAUAAACUCAACGAUACAUGUAGAUUCUUUCAACAUUUGACCAGAUAAACCAGUGGAAAAUAUGGACGAUAUCUGUCGACCAGCACUGUUUGUCAGUUCGCUGCAUGAGUCAGAGGAAAAUCAUGUAGACACCUCCCGACCACCAACAUCAGCUCACGAAUAUCUGCGUAGAGUCAGAAUGGAAGCCCAGAGCUGCCCAAGUACAGUUGUUGCUGAUGUUGAUCGCGAUGUAUUUAAGGGAAAACAAACCAUCAUGUUUUCCAAUUCCACAGGAUUCAGUCCUGCCCCCUCUGGCUACGCACCAAGCUUACAGUGGCAACGGAACCAGGCAGCUUCAUUCUCGGAGCUCAGACAGAAACUUGGACGUCAUCGAGCAAAAGUAGCUACACAACCCCGGAGCAGUAGACCCACACUGCCCAAACUGAGUGAAGAGAAAACAUGGUGCAUUCUUUGUUUUGGAGAGGAGUUCUGGAGGCGGUUAGUGACUCAGAGGGGAGUGAAAUCAAGCUCAGACUCUUUAGACAGCAAUGGGGAUGGAAGGUUGUCAGGGGAAGGUACUGUCCAACCCAGUGGAUUACCACCUCUCUUAAGCAUUGUAUCCGCUAUGGAACAGCCGACUGUUUAUCAACUCCUUGAGUACCACAUCGAGUGGUUGAACUGUCUUGGUUUCAGCAUCUCCCAGGGAUGUUGGCUCUUUGCUCUCCUUGCAUGCUUGGAGAAACCUCUCCUCCCGGACGCCGCAUCCAUGCUGCGGACCCUGGCCAGACACUGCUCAGCCCUGCGUGCAUCACUGGAGUCUGCGGAAGACCAAAGGUUGGCGCCUCUCAACGUACUGAUCUGUCUAGUUGCAAGGUAUUUUGAUCAAUCAGACUUGGCCGACAAUGGAUGAUGAAAGUCCAGAUGAUGUGCAGAGGAGUAUAUUACUUCAUUUGUGUACAGAACAUUUUUAUGUGAGCUUGGAAUAAGGACCGCCAUCCUUGAUGGUUAUUACCCCCAGUCACUGGGCCUUUUAUUUUGUUCCUUAAACCAUCACAGGUCCCUGGGGAGUAUACAGCCUGUGCUGUUAAGUAUGUAUUACACCAAGCUAAAUCAAUCACAAGAACCAUCUCUACACUGAACGAUUCCCAUUUACUGCCGCUAUAUCGUUUAGGACAGAAGUUUCAUGUCCUGGAGUGGAACCCACACCCUGGUGACUUUGCCACCAUAAGUUGAUUUUGUCGCACUAGACUAGUUUGUCAUGACACGGAUUACCCUAAAGACCCUCAAAAGCUGUACUGAGCAUCUCUACCCAUUUACACUGAAACCUUUAAGGAAUCUUGUUUGGUGGUUUGACUGGCCGAGGACGACCCAAGCUUAAAUUUUGUUCGGACAUUGCUUAUAUAGCAGAACAAAGAAAGGUCCUCCAAAAAAUAUGAUACUAUGUGAUCCAAACAGGUAGUUGCAACUGUUUAUUUUUGGAAGCCGUGACAUUUGACACUACAGGUGGUCACACUAGUUGCCAAGGUUACAUAGUCUAGUAUAACACAAAUCAUUAUUAAUGAUUGAACACACGUAAAAGGAAAUGCAGCUGACAGGGAUGAGGAUGGGCAAGAUUCUUUAUUUUCCCCGUCUUCAAAGCAGGAUUCAGUACCAGAAAAUCAGAUGAAAGUUAGGAGGUGUAAUUUGUUUUAACGAGUUGGAGAACUCUUGUUAGAGGGACUUUAGGAAGAAGAAAAAGUUGUACUUAUGACUUAUGUCUCAUAAGUAUGACUUGGUACAAGUCAUAAUAAGAGACUUUGGAACACUAGGUGGCAGCAGACUUACUGGGUAAAUGUCUGUUGUUUAUGUAGUUCUGAGCAUGGACAU